AAUUAACACUCAAUUCAACUCUGAUAAUCUUCUCUCUCCCUCUCUAGGAGUGGCAUGCAGAUGACAGAGAAACUAGCUAGGGUUAUCUUAACUCUCUCCAUUUUGGGUGACUGACUACUCAGAAAUUCGAGUUUUAGACUUUCCUUCCUUUCUUCCUUGUGUCUUCUCCAGCUCUCUCUCUCCCUCUAAUCUCUCUCUCUCUAUAUAUAUAUGCACACGCAUACCCCAACACCAAACCUAUAUGUGUGUGUAUGUUUUGAUUCAAAUUAUGAAUUAGUUGAGUGAUUCUGUAAGUACGUGCUAAUUCCAAAAGAUAGUAUUUUUUUUUUUUAAAAAAAAAUAUAUAGAGAGAGAGGCAGAAUAAUAGAAUUUUAUAGUUAUUUGAAGAAUGUUGGGGUGGGAUAACAAUAUAUAUAAUUGUAGUGGUGGAGGUAGUCCAAGAAGCUAAGUGACACCGUACAAGAGCGCCGAUAAUAGAUACUGUAUAUUAAUUUCAAUCUAAUUACAAUAUUAAGCGCCGCAGCGGUGGCAAUAUAUAUAAUGCCAAUCGGCCAACCUCCCCUCCCUUCCCCUUCCCACCCUCUCUCCACCUCUCCCACCCUCUCACUCUCCAUCGUAUAACUUCUUCUUCUUCUUCUCUCUCUAGGGUUUUCUCUCUCUCUCUCUCUCAUUAACAGCAAACGGUACUGAUGGAAGGACAAGCAAAAAUUGGGGGAAGGGUAAGGAGCAGAGAGGAGGAGCACGAUAGUAGAUCUGGGAGCGACGUUCACGGCGGCUCCGCUGACGACCGCGACGGCGCCGACAAGCCACCGACGAAAAAGCGAUACCACCGACACACUCCUCAACAGAUUCAAGAACUCGAAGCUCUCUUCAAGGAGUGUCCUCAUCCCGAUGAAAAGCAAAGAUUGGAGCUAAGUAGAAGGCUUUGUUUAGAGACAAGACAAGUCAAGUUUUGGUUCCAAAACAGAAGAACUCAAAUGAAGACACAACUCGAGCGCCACGAGAACUCAAUCCUAAGUCAAGAAAAUGACAAGCUAAGAGCCGAGAACAUGUCAAUUAGGGAGGCGAUGAGGAGUCCUAUAUGCCCAAAUUGUGGUGGCAAGGCCAUAAUUGGCGACAUUUCCCUAGAGGAGCAACACCUUAGGAUUGAAAAUGCGCGACUAAAGGAUGAUGUAGAGCGUAUGUGUAUGCUCGUGAGCAAGUUCUUGGGCCGGCCCAUAUCAUCCAUACCCGAUUCUUGUUCGGGUUUGGAACUUGCCAUCGGGGGAAAUGGAUUCACCAACCUAACCUCAACACUUCCUUUGAGCCCUCCCGAUUUCCUAACACCUCUUGUAACAAUGCCUUCAUCGACUAAAUCCAUAUUGCCUGAGAGAUCAAUGUAUUUGGAGUUGGCCUUCGCCGCGAUGGAUGAGUUGGUAAAAAUGACACAAAUGGGCGAGCCUCUAUGGGUAAGGAGCCCUAAGGGCAAUCGGGAGAUAAUCAAUUAUGAAGAGUAUGCGAGGAACUUUACCCCGUGCAUUGGUAGGAAGCCUAAUGGCUUUGUGAGUGAAGCGUCGAGGGAGAUUGGAGUAGUCAUCAUCAACGGUAUGGAUCUCGUCGAGACAUUGAUGGACUCCAUCAAAUGGACAGAGAUGUUUCCGUGUAUAGUAGCAAGAAGCUCGACGUCAGAUAUAAUAUCAAGUGGCGUGGGAGGGACAAUCAACGGAACACUCCAAAUGAUGCACGCGGAACUACAAGUUUUAUCACCACUAGUGCCGGUUCGAGAGGUCAAUUUCAUCCGAUUCUGCAAACAACUUGCGGAUGGCUUAUGGGCAGUUGUAGACAUCUCCAUUGACGCCAUCCAUCAAACUUCCGGUGGAGCUCCGCUGUACCGGAGCUGCCGGAGACUUCCCUCAGGCUGUGUCAUACAAGAUAUGCCUAAUGGUUAUUCCAAGGUUACGUGGGUGGAGCAUGCUGAGUAUGAUGAGAGCAUAAUUCACACGCUUUAUCGACCGUUAAUUGGUGGCGGUAGCGGAUUUGGUGCUAACCGUUGGAUCGCUACACUCCAACGCCAGACCGACUCUCUCGCCAUUCUUAUGUCCACUAAUUUGCCUACAGCAAUAACCACCGGCGGGCGGCGGAGCUUGCUGAAGCUGGCUCAGCGAAUGACCAGAAACUUCUGCGCCGGCGUCUGCGCCUCGACCCUCUACAAAUGGAACAAACUCCGGCCGGAGAACGUCAGCGAUGACGACGUCGUCCGCAUCAUGACGAGAAAGAGCCUCGACGAUCCCGGCGAGCCUCCGGGCAUCGUCCUCAGCGCCGCCACCUCCGUCUGGCUUCCGGCGUCGCCACAGCGCCUCUUCGACUUCCUCCGCAACGAGCACUUGCGGAGCGAGUGGGACAUCCUCUCCAACGGCGGACCGGUGCACGAAAUCGCUCGCAUCACCAAAGGCCACGAUCACCGAAACUCCGUAUCUCUCCUCCGAGCAAAUGCACUGAAUUCGAGCCAGAGCAGCAUGCUGAUCCUCCAGGAGACAUGCGCAGACGCGUCCGGUUCGGUUGUGGUGUACGCGCCGGUCGACAUCCCUGCGAUGCAGUCGGUGAUGGACGGUGGAGAUUCAUCGUACGUGUCACUCCUCCCAUCCGGAUUCGCGAUCGUAGCGGGCCCACAAGACCAAGCCGACAGUGGAUCCCAUAGUCCACGUGGCUCCCUAUUGACCGUUGCAUUUCAAAUAUUGGUGAACAGCCUCCCCACGGCACGGCUCUCCCUAGAGUCAAUCGAGACCGUCGAUAAUCUCAUCUCUUGCACAGUUGAGAAAAUCACGGCCGCUCUUUAAUCUCAUCCCUCUUUAAUUAAGUUUGAUAUAUUUUGAAAAUGUAAGUGUUAAGAGGGAUGAAUUGAUGGGAGGAUAAUUGGAGGGAAAAUAGAGGCGAGUCGAGAUCGAACCGCGUGGUCGACUAAGACGUGGUGGUUCGGGUAUUGACUCGAAACUACGCUCCUUUACAAACCUCUUCACUAAAUGAAGGUCGUUUUUAUUUUGUUU